UGUCUGCAAGCCCCUGUCACACCAAGACAACGCAAUUUCCUCGGCAAUAUUCUGUCCACAGCCUCGUCUCGAAAAGACUGUCUCCCAUCUUCUCUCGCCAUCUAUCAUGACUCUCAUAAUAAAGAUCAGCUGCCGAUGUCCAGCGCCUGAAGCAACGAUCGGUGACUUGUGCCAUGUCUUUCGGAUUCGGAAUUGGCGAUGUUAUCUCUGCCAUAAACGCUAUUAUCAAGACCUGCGAGAGAGUUGCAGCAGUGCCGAAGGACAUCCUAGAAGCCUCGAAGGACCUGGAGCGACUCCGAACCGUCUUGGAAAACAUCGGAGAGAUCAUAUCAGAGAAGACUUCUGUUGUUCACAAACAUGAUAGCAUCAAGAAACGACUCGUUGGAGACAUGGAAGAAGUGGGCCAAGAUGUCAAAAGAUUGAAGACACAUCUCCAUAUCUGGAAAGGACAUGAAAAGAAAUCCCCUUUUCAAGGUGCAAUGCAAAGGAUCCUGUUCGCCUUUUACAACAUCCCCCAGAUCAAAGAAAUCCGCUCAAACUUCGCUGAGUAUAGAGAGAAGUUGGACGAAAUGCUUCAAAUUCUUAGUAUCAACAGCCACAACAAAGUCCUCAAUGCAAUGGAGCAUAUUAUAACCAAGUUUGAGGAGUUUGAGAAGAGGAGAGAAUCCAGGCUGAGUCUGGAUGAAGCUCUAUGGAGUGAGCGAGAAGAUCGAUAUUCGGAAUGGCAAAAUUUGGAAGUUGAAAAACGUGCAUCGCCCAAGAAGGUCGACGAGCUCAAGGCUUUCUUGGAAGAGAAGUUGCGAAAACUUGAACAAGGUGCUUUAGGACGUGAGGUGGCUCAAGAAUACAUGGAUGAAAUUGAGAGCAAGUUGAAGGACACAGCAUCUCCCGAGCCAGCACCUCAAUACUCGAGUCCAGCUGUAGAAGAGCAUUCUCUAGCUGAAAGGUCGAGAAUAGGCUACUCGACAAAUCGCGACCGGACGAACGAGUACUUGAAGAGCCAAUACCUCACUGUUCCAAGAGAUCCUUCACGUGAGAGUGGAAAGAACUAUCAAGCAGACUCAAGAAGAUCUACUUCUUCAAAUGGGAGCAUAAGAAGGCACUGGAAAGAGCGAAUUGACCCCUGGUUUCGACCUCCAUCACCCAACUCGUCCAGGCGCGCGUCGCGCAGCAGUUCAGUUAACCACAGUUCGGUCGGAACACCGGCCCGGCUCUCGGUCCAGCAAUUGAACAGUGAAUUCUCGUCUAUGUCUCUACGAGAACCUCAAACUACGCAGGGCUGGACUGUUGUUGCACGUGCACGAAAUCGAGGCAAGAAAACAACAAAUGGAUCUCAAUCCAGUGAUAGAACCAAGAACACAUCCAUACCCCAGCUGAAGUGGUUGGCUACAGGCGAUAGAUCUCCUGUCAAUAUAUUGUAUGUGGACUGGGAUAAUACAAGCUUUUCCAUGAUGGCCAAAGCAUAUUUGGAACUAGUGAGACUGUGGACAAUGAACGCGAACAAUACUUGGCCAUUUGAUCGAGUAGAAUCUGCAGGCUUCUGCGUGAAUGAAGAAACCAUCCUUGAACCUGGCUCGGUCAUAGAUCUACUUGCACCAACGAGAUCCAACUUCCGGUCCAGAGACUUCCCAAAAGAGAAAGAAGGGCUGUUGAACAGACUCAAAGGAAACAGACUAGCUCAGUUCAAGAACAGUUUCCUCGAUGAUUUCAAACACGUACUUUGUCUGGACGAGAAAUCGUACGAGGCUAUUCGUUAAGCCAACAAGGAUCGGGCAGGCGUUCUUGACAAUCA